GUUAAUUUUGAUUCUUCCAUGUCACUUGGGUUUCUGAAUUUCUUGCUCUUUUUGUUUGUCAAUUUCACGUUUUGUGGUUUUUUGAAAACUCAAAUGGAAGUCUCUUCGAGAUUGUAUUCAGAUUAUGAUUUUCAGCAGCGAAUUGAAAUUAUAAUGCUGGUUUUGAUACUGUGAAUGCUUGGGACGAAUUGUGUGCUCGAUGCUAUUUUAGAAAAAUUUCAGUAACAGUUUAGGGUUUUCCGAGAUUAACUAUUUUAUGCCGCUAGUAAUAUGUGGGUUGAGUGAAUAUUUAUACACCUGCAUAAUUGAUGAUGCACACACACCCAUAGGCUUGCAACAUGUGCUAACAAAUUUUAGUAUGAUCGAGUUUCAAAAAAAAAAUAAAAAGCAUAUUGUGCCAAUCUAUAAUAUGAGUGAGGAAGUAUGGAGCUUAUGCUUAUUAAAUCCGAAUUCGACGGUGAAUUCGACCUUAGUCAAGGAGGUUGCGCCCCCAGUGGUAGUCCUGCUAGCCAAUCAGCGGGCAGGGGUCGGGGAAGCCGGCCUUACGGGGCUUAGAACAGCGCCCCGAAAGCAAAAGACACUCUUAUGGGCACAUUUUGAAUGAAAAAUGUUUGUUCAGUCAAAAAUGGGUGCAACCGCACCUAUUUUAAGUUAAGGAUUUUGGUCAUUUACAAUAUAAGAACACAUAUAAUCACAAUUUUAAAUUUAUCAUUCGAUCAAAAUUCCUUGUGUUUCAUUUGGGUUAUCUCGAAAUUAAGUAUUACAAAUCCUAGGGGCGAAUUAUAGCACUUAAAAAGUAUUUGUUUCAUGAUACAAUCAUUUAUUCAAUGUAUUACCCGUGUGUUCAUCUUAGCUGAUGUGUAGGAUGUUUACUGAAUAUUGAAGUUCAUGUAGAACUAGAAUUACCAUCUUUUAAUCAUUUCCUUAUACACGAUGUUACUACAUGAAAUUGAAUAUGUUCUUGAUAAAGAUGAUUAUUAUUUUCUUAAUAACUAUCCCUUUGCAAUUGUUAUUUGUAUUUGCCUAAGUUUCUCAUGGUUUCACUUUUAUAUCUUUAAUUGAACUUCAAACAGUGAAGUAAUUCUCUGGAAAUGUCCAGAGUUCUAGGUGGAGUUCUGGCCUCUAAGCUUAUUUGUGGUACAUGUUUGUAGGGCCUCUUUUCAGUGGCCCGUGAGAUUACUUGAUUUCCAGUCAUGUGCAUUGAAGACCUCUAAAUGCCCCCGGCAAUGGAAGAAAAUAGGAUUCCUAAUUCACAUUAAAAGAUAAGGGGAAAUCUUCAAAGAAAAUGAAGGAAAAAAGAUGUGUUGUACAUAGAGUGUGCUUUUCUAUCACGCAUUAAGAAAAUUUAAUUCCGAUAGUGAUAACUAAACUUAUCUAGAUGGUACUUGCUUUCACCAGUCUGACGAGACGUGCAUAUGAGAUGUUUUCGAAUUUUAGAGACUAAACGCUUUGUUACAGGGAAGAAAAGAGAAUAGUUUUCUGCCUCUCUCUCUCUCUCUCUUGAUUGAAUAAUGAUUAAUGCAGGAGAGAUGGAGGGAAAACACAGAAUAUAAUUUCAUGUUUUAAAAUACUUGUGUAUGUUUAAAAUAAACUGGAAUGGCUGGGAUGUCCACAGCAUAAUCCAAUGCCAAAUUUUUAUCCGUACAGCUCUCCACAUUUUGGCGUUAAGAGAUUGACAAUGGUUAUUGAUCAUCUUUAACUCCUGUGAAAUUGCUGGUGUGGGGGACUCACUUUCUGCAACAUUUUCCGGAGCUUCCACUGAUCCAAGAUUCAUGGCAAAACCAAAUGGGGCUGUCUGCUCUUCAGCGAAAUCUCCUCAGCACCCGAAGUUAUAUGCCGUAAACAAUAAACAAUCCAGCAGAUUUCUUUCACUAUUGAAACUAAAGUUUUUGAGCAAGGGUGUCUCACCUCUAGGUGGAAAAUUAAGUACUUCUGUUGGAUCUCGCGGAACUUCUCUUGUUUGUAAGUCAACAGAGACACACAAUACAGAAACGAAGGAGCGUCCCCAACUGUAUGAUGAUAGUUCAAAUAUCUCCAGCUCUCAAAAUGGAGCCGAUCAUAUGAACAUGUCAUGGAAAUGCAUCUGUUACCAUACGGGAUUAGCUGAAGCAUGCCGGUUUGUUUCCAACGAUGCAAAAUUCGUCAAUGAAAGGGCUAGAAAUGAUAUUGUCCUUCUUUCACGAGGAAUAAAGAAGUUGGAUGCUCGUGCUCGGAAAGAUGUUGCAUUCCUUGGUUCCGAGUUCCUUAAACUUGAUGCUCGGGCCAAGGAGGAUACUGAAAAAAUUGAUCACAAUGUGAAAAGAAGAGCCGAGAGGGUUCACCAUAUUGCCACUCUUCUGAAAAACAGGGCAGAAUCAAAAUUAAAAAGUGCUGCUGACAAGCACUGGAGUGAUGGUGCAUUAGAGGCUGAUUUGAAGAGAGCAGACUUUGUUGCCAAGCAACGUGCAGUCGAGGAUUCUCUGAUGGCUUUGGAGUUUGUAAAAAAUAUAAUAGAUAUGAUGGUGACGAAAAUGUACAGAAAAGAAGAUUCUACAAACACCAUCAAGAGCACAAGCCAGAUUACACUCGAAAAGAAUGGGAUAAGUCUCGACUUUCCUCAGGAAAUAUCUGCAGAUCGUAUUAGCCACAUUCAGGAAGUUUAUUGGAGUAUAGCUUCUGCACUCUCCGAAGCUGACGGAAUCGACUAUACUGAUCCUGAAGAGCUGGAAUUGCUGGUCGCUGCCCUUAUUGAUCUCGAUGCCAUGGAUAGUAAAAGUAGUGUAUCCCUGCUAGCAGAGUGUUCAAGUUCGCCCGAUGUCAGCACCAGGAGAGCAUUAGCUAAUGCAUUAUCGGCUGCUCCAUCAAUGUGGACACUUGGAAAUGCCGGCAUGGGCGCAUUGCAGAGAUUGGCACAAGAUAGCAAUCCAGCAAUUGCUGCUGCCGCCGCGGAAACCAUCUUCGAAUUAAAGCAGCAGUGGGAAAUAGAGGAAGGCGACAGCUGGAGGUUCAUGAUGAACCAGAACCCGACCAUUCAAGAUGACGACGAUGAAGGAGAUGUUGAUAAACAAUAGGAAUGCAGUAUUCAGUUUAAUGUGUAUGUAGAAUGAAAGCUUUUUAGUAUAGAUUCAACCAAAUAAAUGAAACAUAUAUAUAUAUAUAUCUUUCUAGGAUGUCAUCCAUCCUUCUCGUCGAUUAUGUUUCCCUUUUCCUUCGCCCCUUUCUCAUACGCCUUCUAGCGAAUGGUUUGAAAACUAUGGAUACCGUAUUCGAUCCGAACCUUAGUUCACAAUUAAGUGUGUUUGUAAUGAAUGUACCGUUAGCUAAUUGACGACUAUAAGAUGAUUGAGUACGGUAUACCGCUAUGGCAUCUAUGUACACACAUUAUAUAUCUUUAUAUAUCACAUAUAAACAUGUUACGUAUA